AUUGAAUUUCCGCUCUGCCAACGUGUAUUCGAAUACUGUCUACUUGUCCUUCGUGUUUCAGGAAAAUUAAGGUAGGUUCUGACUGAGAUGCUCUUUCAUUGACCUUUACUUAAAUUUCUUAAAAAGGCUUAAAUCCUACUGUGUAUAAUAAUUAUAGUAAGUGUUAUGUGAGUCACUAUGAAAGCAUUAGUAUACGAGUGCGGUAAUAUUUUUGGUUUACACUCAGGACGCCGCACUAAUUAGCUAUCCUUCCACAUGGCAUUUAUUAACCAAUUCUUUCAACUAAGCCUAUAUAACUUGUACGCUUAACAAAAUACAAAACAGUAAUUCCCAGCAUUGAUGAAAGUGAAAUCAACAUUAUAGCAUGUUUUCAAAUAUCGUCCCAAAUUACCGAGCCUUACGCGUUUAAAUAGUUGGUAAGUAAACUGUUUUUACCGCCGUGGUAAAUCGGGUUGGCACAACAGGUGUGAGUUACUCGCCUCUUAAAAUAUCACAGGUUAGCCUCAUUGUCUUUUAGUACCUUAUUUUCAAGUGAAUUUCGAGGUUAGGAGUUAAGCAAUUUCUUCAAUUCGUGAAGCAAAUAUUUUAAAAUAGAAGCAAUGAAAUGUUAAGGUGACUCGACCAAGUUUUUUUGAGGGGGUACCAUCCUACUUUGAAGCUCUCUGAUAUCCCCACCUUUACUUUUAUCUUAAGUCUAACACAUAGAAUGGGUAACAUAUAGAUCAAUCUACAAUAUAACAUAAAAUUUUUGGCAAUCGGAGUAAAUGUCACGUGGUUAUAAUGCCACGCCCCUUUGAGGUCUGAGUCGAAAAUCUGCUGUUGCCGGCAUUUUUUCGUGAAAAUCUCUCGGCUACACAUAGUGCGCAUUAGUGCAUUGCGCUGAAGAGAGUUUCACCAAAAUCGCAAAGACCCAAUUCGAGAAAUUCAGCGGUUUCCAAAUUUAGGUCAUAAUUUAUGCGAAAAUGAUAAGCAAACUUUACACGGAUUAUAUCUAAUAAACGAUGAGAUUCAUCCCUUUAUUUUGGGCAUCGUUAUAACAGAUGGGGCCUUGCAAGUCAGCAAAACGCUUUAGGCCCUUGUAAAUGCGCGCGAUUUCGAGCAAAGCAAACAUAUAGAAAUUAUAGUUUUCGCUAUUUGUUGACGUUUGUCAGCGUUUAAGAGUCCUUCUCACGAAAAAAGCAUUUUCUUAAAAAUUCGUAGUUUUUUUUCCUUCAAAUUUUUUCAGGGCCACAAUUGAUUAACUAACUACCCGGACUGUGAAUUUCAUGGUCAUUGAAAAACUGUGACAUUAUCUUCUAUAAGCCCAAACUUGAGUAAACAUUGAAGAUUUUUAGCGUUUUGGCUGAGUUUGUGCUUUGGGAGUUGUCUAUUGUUUCUAGUCUGUCAUUAUACAGCAUUCUUGUUCUGCACGCGUGCAAUGACCACGCUUGGCUGACUUCCGAAUGCUCACCGAGAUAUUCCCGUCACGAGUUGGUUUAAUUAUUGGCUUGCAUUAAACCUAUGAAAAAAUGAUAUUUUUGUAAUAGUAAGUAGAUUUAGUGCGUAGCACUUCUUGAUUUUUUUGCAAAGGCACAAGAAUUGAUUAAAAAUUGUUAGUUAAACCUCUAUGUAUCACGCGAUGGCCUGUCUCACUGUACCAAAAUUAUUAUAUCUUGGUGCGCAUUCGGAAGUCAGCCAAGCGUGGUCAUUGCACGCGUGCUGAACAAGAAUGCUGUAUAAUGACAGACUAGAAACAAUAGACAACUCCCAAAGCACAAACUCAGCCACGCUAAAAAUCUUCAAUGUUUACUCAAGUUUGGGCUUAUAGAAGAUAAUGUCACAGUUUUUCAAUGACCAUGAAAUUCAAAGUCCGGGUAGUUAGUUAAUCAAUUGUGGCCCUGAAAAAAUUUAAAGGAAAAAAAACUACGAAUUUUUAAGAAAAUGCUUUUUUCGUGAGAAGGACUCUUAAACGCUGACAAACGUCAACAAAUAGCGAAAACUAUAAUUUCUAUAUGUUUGCUUUGCUCGAAAUCGCGCGCAUUUACAAGGCCCUAAAGUGUUUUGCUGACUUGCAAGGCCCCAUCUGUUAUAACGAUGCCCAAAAUAAAGGGAUGAAUCUCAUCGCUUAUUAGAUAUAAUCCGUGUAAAGUUUGCUUAUCAUUUUCGCAUAAAUUAUGACCUAAAUUUGGAAACCGCUGAAUUUCUCGAAUUGGGCGAUUUCGGUGAAACUCUCUUCAGCGCAAUGCACUAAUGCGCACUAUGUGUAGCCGAGAGAUUUUCACGAAAAAAUGCCGGCAACAGCAGAUUUUCGACUCAGACCUCAAAGGGGCGUGGCAUUAUAACCACGUGACAUUUACUCCGAUCGCCAAAAAUUUUAUGUUAUAUUGUAGAUUGAUCUAUAUGUUACCCAUUCUAUGUGUUAGACUUACGAUAAAAGUAAAGGUGGGGAUACCAGAGAGCUUCAAAGUAGGAUGGUAUCCCCUCAAAAAAACUGGGUCGAGUCACCUUAACUGAUGAAAUGCGGUCUAAUAUUGUAUAAAUAACAAAAACAACAAUUUUUAGUGAUAUUAUCUCAAAAUCAAGGGUAUACACUUCAACUCAAAUCUAAGGAAAGUAAAAGGCAAGAAAUGGAAUAUGUUGCUCACAUAACAUUACUUAGUAGCAUUUCCAAGUACAGAUGCUUCUAUUCGUCAUUCAUUGUUAAGCGAAAGUCAGUCUUUUUCUAUUUUUUGCCCUCCAACAAAAGUAACGUCCAAAAUUUAAUUAAAUUAACUGCGUUAUUCAAAUAACAUAUAUCACUUCUCGUCAUUUAAGAAAAAGAAACAAGAAUAUAAAAAAAAGUUUUAAGCUCAGUUCACGACGUUCAAACCAGAGGUCAUAGCAGGAAACAGCGGCUGGAAGUUCACUUAUUUGAAGAAAGUGGACGCUAAAAAUAAACCGUCCUAUUGAGCGUCUCCUGUUCCUCUUGAAAACGCAGUGGCAAAGACGUAGACUGUAAUGUCCAGUUAACAACCAUCAUGUAGAAAUGUUUACUGUGAGAUUAUUUGGCUGAUCGGAAGCGACGUUGACCAAUGCAUUAAAAAAUACAUAAGAUGUUAAAGGUUAGAUUACCUAGGAGAACUUGUGUUUCAGUAACAAUGUCAGUCUUUACAGACCAUCAGACAGCGUCUCACAAAACCUUAAAUAAAGUAGACAUGUCUACUUACUAUCGAAUACAGUUCAAUUCAAUUGGUAAUUCAAAAGUAUCGCUUUCCUAUUUGAAACUAUUGAGGUUCUUCAAACAAUUUUCAAAUCAUGCGUGAUGGCCGAUCACCCGAAUUUGUAUUUUUGUAUUUUAUUUUUACUCCAUCCUAUAAUGAGGGUCUGAAUGGGGGGGGUCCACUUGUCGGUUGUUGGUUAAAAUUUAGUUACUUUGUCGGUAGUCGGUUAAAAAUCUCGAUCUUUGUCGGUUGUCGCUUAAUCUCAGUUAAUAAGUAAAAAUGCUUGUUAAUUAUUAAUUUUGUUAUGUGUUUCAAUCAGUUUCAAGACUUUGAUCCCUAUAAAACAUGUAAAACUUGUAAAAAUGCAUCAUUUGAUUGAACUUAAACUUCAUUAUGCAACAUGAUAGUGUAUUUCACCAAAGCGUUAAUUGCAAAUGCGAACUUGGUUUCCCUGUUGAUCACAGGGCACCAUAAAAAGUAAUGAAGAGAGGUUAAUUGGACACAGAGGGAAACGCCCAGUCUAACCUUUUGGAUACGUAAAUUAUUUUUGGUGAAAAACUGCAAGGGGUGACAGGUUGCACAUCUAUACUGGCGUGAAAGACCUUUAAUAUUUUGGCUCUAACAAGCAUGUUCUUUGCCAUGGUUUUCCUUUCUUUCAGGAAAUAAGGGGUGGUUCUUUAAAAAAUUAGCAAAGUAGCGGUUGGUUUUGUAUGAGAUUCCACUUUUCCAUUAAAGCUUCUUUUACGACCAGAAGUCAGUUACAGUGUACUGCGCAAGCGCGACCAGUAAAUUUCGUCGUCGUGGUGUCGUCGACGACGCCAAACAAAAAUUUGCAAUCAAAUUCCCUGCCCACGGGCAAAUCAUUCCAGUCAAAUGCAACCAAAUUUCCCCACCCUAGGCUGCACAUUGCUGUCAAUCCCAAGGCAGAACCCAAGAAAGGCACAAUAAAAAUAUCUCCAAAUAAAACUCUGCAAUCUUCUAUAAACGUUACUGCAUCACCAAAGAUACAUGUUCCUAUGACAGCUUCAAUUAUACGUUUUAACCAUAAUCUGUGUUACACUGCGUAGAAUACAUAAACCUUUAGGAGAAAGUCCACAUUUUGUAAGUUUAAAUAUACCGUUCUUAGUAAAGGGUACAAAAAAAAGUCAGUUUCGUAAGUUUACACUGAUUAUAGCGAAUGAGCCAUACACUAAUCAAUUGUACUUGCAAAAAUCGACUUGGUUUCUCGUUACUUUCGUUUACUUUGAUUCCACAGUAUUUUAAGAGGUUCAAUUGAUCAAAAACACGCGAAAACAAACGAAAUUUGAACACAAAACAGUGAAAUUCACUCAGCCUUUGCUUGCUCUCAUUGGCCUCCAUGACUUCCCGAUCUUUUCAAACCGUACGGCGCAUGCGUGAAGCGUGGAAGUGGGAAACAGAUGUUCCGUCGCAGUCUUUUUCGCCCAAGUCGGCAGUCAAAUAUCUCCUCGUCGGGCGAAGAAAGAUUCAAAUAUCCCCUCCCCUAGGAGAACAAGAUCAGUCAAAUGCCCUACCCCAGGGCCAACAAAGACAAGCAAAUCCCCACCCCAUACCCUGCCUCCCCGCCCCCCGCCCCACCCCCCGCCGGCUUUACAUUGAUAGGUGCAUAAAUCCACUGUUUUAAGCGAUUUUUGAAGUCCUUUGCUUUUUCUUAUCCUCGUAAAUCCAGGUAUCGUUGCCUUUUUCUCGUAACGAGCGAUGUUAAUUGAAAAUUCGACUAAAAGUGUACUGUGAAAGGUUUGAACCCAGGAGUCAUUUCAAAAGUAGGUUGAGUUUGAUCGUCCGGGUGAACGUAGUCCUGAAUAGGACUCUUGUUGCUGACAGUGACUGACGUUUCGACAACCUGUGGGGUAGUCAUCUUCAGAGUCAAAGUGAGUUGUAUUACGUCAGUUGAUAUUAUUAUACUCUGGUUAUUGAUCUGAUUGGUCAAUUACGUCGCGACGUUAAUGGUCGUCUGUCAGUUAAGCCGUGAUGUUAUUGAAUAAGUGAGAAAUUUAUUUGUACCUGUUUAGGUAAGGCAAAUCAUAUGUCUUUAAUAUAGAGGAAAUAAACUUUAUAUGGAUCAGAAUGUCUCUUUUUCCAAAUCUAAACUCUGACAGACACUCGGACUCGGUCAUCUCAUUCAGGUUGAAAGUUGAAUAAUCUUUGUGCGGAAAGCAGAUGUUUUUCCACUCGAAAAAGUCAGACAACACAAAAAAUUCUCCAUCGUCAAUGAAAUUAGACGUACGGCUUAAAAAUUAGACCUUGCAUUGUUUUAAAAGACGCCAUUGCAAAAAACUUUGUUGCGAACGAACAUCACAGUUUUACAUUUGUGUUUACAUUCAGUGUCGUCGUCGUCGACCUACCGACCGAUUGCAUCUUAAGUUUCUUUUUUCCUGCCGAAACUGACGUUCUCGUUCCAGUCUUUUCCCAGUCAACAGACGUCGUCGUCGUGAACUUCGUCGUAGUUCUUAAGUUCCCUUUUAUGUGAAGAAAGGCAACAUUUCCUUUCUUUCCUUGCUCGGUUUUGUUUCAGGAGCGCGGACUUCGGUUUCUGUGAGUUUCAUUUAUUUCUGAUUGCAAUUUGUCUUUCACAUUGUGUUGGUAGCCUCUGUACAUCAUCAACCAUCAAGCGUUCUUUUGAAUUUUGAAACACUUUCCUCAAACUCUUUUGACAAAUCGGUGUGCCUUUGUAUACAACUGUGUCUAAAAACAUUGUCUCAGUGAAUUUCGGUGGUGAGUUUAAUAGUAGGAUCAUUCAAGUUUGCUUCUUCGAAGAAAGUUACUAUGUCUGGUUUAAAGACGGUUUAGCUGCUUAGACUUUGUGUUUCAAUAUACGACAUGAAAAUGUUGGCAGAGGAAACUGCUGUCUUUGUGCCCAUCGCGGUACGGUGGGUUUGGAGGUAGAGCUUUCCAUUGAACGGGAAAGAAUUUUCUUUGAGGAUUAAUUUAAGCAUUUGUCGCAUAUAAUGUUUAGGACUAGGCGGGUUGUAGAAAUUUUUGGCAUACGCUCUGCAAACCGAUUUCAAUAUCCUCGUUUUGUGGUAUUGACUUGUAAAAAGACUUGUGACGUGGUAUCUUGGGUUACUUCCUAGAAAGGUAGGAAAAAUACAAUAUACUCUUCUUUCUGAAAAAAAUAUAGAUGAUGUGGGUCCAUGUCGGUAGUCGGUAAUUUUUUUCGCGUUUUGUCGGUAGUCGGUAAUAUUUUUUGCCCUUUGUCGUUAGUCGGUUAACCCCAUUUACACCCUCUAUAAUACAUUAGUUGUACAAUAAUGCAAUAGUUGUACAAUAUCAAUAAUACAUUAGUUGUACAAUAUCAAUUGGUACAAAGUUGCUUAAACUACGUGUACAUAAUAAUAAUCAUAAAAGAAGAAAAUUAGAAUGGAGAAGGGCACAUCAUAGUAAAACUAAUCAUGGCCCUUUAACAAGAUUGACUUUAUUCUUUUGUAGUUUUGUUAUUCAUUAAAACACAAACACGCACGCACGCACACAAGUCAAUAUUGAGCAAGAUAAUAUUUUUUAAGUGCCUUUUUGAACAGGAUUUUCGAUGAUUUAUUGCGAAUAGAAAGGGGGAGAUCGUUCCAAUAGUAUUUUCCAAUGAAGGUAGGGCAAAACCUUCGAAUAUUAAUCACCCGAAAUCAAUUUUUAAACUAGAAAUACGUGUAUCGCAGAACCUUGCAACGCCUGGGGGAGGAGGAGGGCGGUAAAAUGUAGGGGAUGGGAGGACGGGUUUCAACACUGGCUCUAAUAUUAAUUGGAAGGUGAGAUUUACGUACUCAAUCUCCUUUUGGUUGGAGUAAAUAUGAACCCUUAGUGUCCUGGCUUGAAAAAGGAUCUCGGAUUCAGUUGUGUUUAUGGAUAUAAGCACAUACAUAUUAUCUUUUACUUGAGAUGGUUUUGGGGAAGUAAAUUUAAUGAAAAUUGUAAACGAAAAUUUUGUUAAGUAAGGACUUUGUCAGUACCAAUGUAAGGCUUCUCCAGUACAUGUCACACAUUAUCGAUGUUCUAAACUGUUCAUUGUAAACUAAAGCUUAUUGUAAAACCCAUUGUUGUUCAUCGUAUAAGGGCUGAUCGGCUGUCCUCAGUCUGUUGGAAAGAUCCUCCUCACCUUAAUUUUACAGAUCGUGUCUUAUCGUUGCAUCAAAGAAGAUAAUUUAUUUGACUACAAACUUCGAGCGUUGCCUCUCCUCAUCGCUUUCGUUGCAAAUUCUGUUGGCGGCAUUUUCUCGAAGCGUCUGCAGUCAGUAUUCCCUCUCUUUAAAAUCUUUUCUUAAUUUUUGAACGGAGGCCAGUACGCAAACGGUUUUCUGGUGAGGCACCUUUCACCUUCCAACUCUUUAUGAGAAAUUGGGCUGUCUGUGUUCAACUUAAUGAUAAACUGGGUCUUCUGUGUUCAACUCAGUGAGAAUCUGGGAUGUCUGUGUUCAAUCCUCGAAGAGAAGCUGGGAUGUCUGUUUCAAACUUCAAUGAGGAACUGUUAUGUAUAGUGUUCAACUCUCAAUGAGAAACUGGGAUAUCUGUGUUCAGCCCUCAAUGAGAAACUGGGAUGUCUGUGUUACCAGUUAUUACUCACCUUUCAGAUACUUUUGUUGCUGGUGAUAUUGACCUGUAUAGUGAAAUGUUCUUCCGCGUCGCUCAAAAACCUCUUUGCUUGAGUUCGCAAUGAGCAGGUGGGCGCAAGAUUGGAGUAAUAUAGCAUUUGUUUAGUACAAUUCUGAGCGAAGAAAUAUACGUCAAGUAACAAGACAUGAAGAAAAUUACUGGCCAGGGUAUAAUAUACACUUAAUGUCAGAUCCCGAGGGAAACAGUUAGUUUUGUUUUCCCUCGAGUCCUGAUGUUCCCGAGACGAAGUCGACGGAAACAUCAGGAUUCGAGGGAAAACAAAACUGACUGCUUUCUCGAGGGACCUGACAUUAAGUGUUUUGUUAUAUUUCUAGAAUUUGACUUCAGCGUACUUCAACAGCAACAAAAUUAAAGAAUACACUUAAGCGGAGCGAAUCAAAACAGUCGACUCGGUACUUAUAAGAACACAAAUUUAAUUCUCAAAACCACUGAAUGAAUGAUUUACAAAGUACUUUCCUUAUAUUAUCUGCAUCUUUUUCCUCCACUAGCUGCUGUUUUUCUUCUGGGAUAACUUUGAAAAUCGUUGCUUUUUAGCUGAGGCUUCAUGUUUGUGUUGUUGUGCUCAUUCACGAAAAAGAAAACUGGCAGCGUUUUUCCCGUCUUUUGUCAUGUCACUUUUCACCAUGCUUUGAUCACGUGCUGCAAUGUAUGCCGAGCGGGUUACAUUGCUUAAUUUAUCACGAUCGGGAUACAUUUGAUUUUAGUCAAGGUCAUGUGACCAAGAAUCAGCCAAUGGCUCUCCCUGUUUAGUUGAGUGAAAGUCUAGGAAUAUAACAACUUUCUUUGUAGCACUAAACAUUUUCAGACAAUCAAUUUGAAAAAUGAUGGUUUGCUUCCUUAGCAGGUUGUUAACACGUUUUUUUCAAUAUUUUAGUUGUUAAGCUCCCAAUAAGACCAAAUGCAAUAAAGCAGGCCAAGAUUGUAAAGGAACCAAGGACGUUUUUCAGUCAAAGAUUCAAACAAAGUAUUUCCAGAGACGCAGUGACGAAGUUUUAAUUCGAGGUCGUCAAACAUGCCCCAGUUUUGAAAACAAUUGAAUUUUAAAAAACAGUCAAAUUUGCUGAAUUUGUGCGAUUUUGGCAGUUACAAAUAAACGGUAACUGAUUAAUGUUACAACAAGGGGUCGGGUGGGGAGGUAACUCUAUUGUUUUCCACCUAAGUUUCUUGACCCACUCCGCCUGCCAGUAUGACGUCACAAGGUAACGGGCAAGAGGCUCGGGUCGCUUGUGCAAAGUAGCAAGGGAUACGACAGUUAUUAGGACGAGCGAGGUCGAGGAAAAGCUCAGAAGCUAGCAAAUAUCGCUAUAUAUCGCUAAUUUGAUCGAAUGUGGGCUGAGCUUUGGUGUUGCUAUAAUCUGCUUGAGUAAACCGUUUUGAUAUUUUGUGCUCGUAAUUGUAUAAUUUUGUUAAUUUAUUUUGGACUAGCAAGGUCAUCAAAACUUAAUCCUUUUUUUUCUCCAAAAAAGGCAAGGUCUAGUCUCCAGAAUAGGAGGUUCCGUUCACAGAUCACACAUGUUUAUAUUUCAUCUAUUCUUUUGCUAAUUAAACGGGCCGAACUUCAUAUCAAUCCUUUCGAGUGUGGGCCUCUGUUGAACUCCUAAAGCCUUCCUAAUUCUCCACCAAAUCCAAUAUAGCUAGUUUGAUCGAUUAUCUUCAUCGAGUAGGCCCGUUGAGCCCGAAAUAAUGCGAAAUAGCUUUGAAAUACGCGCUUAAGCUAAUUUUUCUCAAAUGUAUAUUUGAAUUCACGAUAAAUACUGCUCCACCAGCUUCAAACAGCGUCUAUGGCAGAGAAAAAUUGUUUAGAUAUGACAAAAUUAAUUUUUGAAACAAUGUGUGUCACUGUGGUGCAGUGGUCAAGGAAUUGCUUGUACUGCUUGCAGAUCAACUGGGUUCGACUCCCGGCGACCGUGACGCUGUUUUCUGUUUCCUUGUCGUGCCGUUUUUUUUGUGUUUGGUCUCUGUUUUUAACACUACUUUUCCUUUUGGCCUGUUUUCCGUUAUUCUUACUUCUGACCCUGCUGGUUAUGCACUUGGAUCAGGUAUAAAGCUUAAGUCCGGAGUUGUAUUCUGGGAAAGAGAUUUCAAAAGUUCUUGAUCUGCAUACUGACUAAGCUUACUUCAAGGAAAAAAAAACUUAAGCUGUCAAGACAUGUCCCUGCUCUGAAACAGCUGAAUUUUUUUCAGUGUUAGUUGACAUCAUGACAAACAACAGACAGUACACCACAAACGGUAGUAAUUUACACCCAACACCCACCAGUGACCCACUGGCGAAAUUUAAACUUGCCUUUUGUACAUCGUUUUAAUCAUCAAUAUUAUUACCCUAAAAUCUCCACUGUUUGCCCCCCCCCCCCCCAAAAAAAAAAAAAAAAAAAAUAACUAAAAGAAUCCUUUUAUUGUUUUUUGGGAUUUAAUUACAGAAUUACAGGUGUAUGCCCAAUAGAAUUUGGUAAAGCAACAAGAUUUAAUGCUCACAAUCUCUCACAAUUACCAGUCAUUUAUAGCUUUCUUGUUCAACGCUACAGCUAAGCGAACUUUGAGAGGAUUGAUAUGGGGUUCAACUUGCUCUGAAGAUCUGAAAAUACGCACACAAUGUAAAGUAUAAUACAUCCUUUGAUGAACCCCCUAUUGCUGUGUCUAAAUUCCUCAAUCUUGCUGUGCACUAGCCCUCAAAAGUGUGACCGGUCGGUAUGAUUGCCCGCAAAAUUUGCUCGUCGAUAGAUGGGAAUCUUUAAAAUUCAUUACACCACUGGACAUUUCAUUCCAAAAAAAUAGUACUUAAGUCUAGUUUUUUUUAUGACAAUAGGGACCUUAAAAUCUCUAAAUCCAAGAAAUCGGAAGAGUAUUUCAGUGAUAAAAUCGAAAUUUUUAUCCGAACACUUUGAUCGCCAUUUUGAAAGUCUCUGACGCGAGACGGGACUUCAUACUGGCAGGCGGACCAAAAAAAACAAAGGCGACUAUCGAACUGGACAAGAGAUUGAUAAUCAAGUUUUGAACGUGUGGUGUAGGGCCAGAACUAUUCACUUUCAUUUUACCUUUAAAACAAGCCACCCAUUACCCAAAAACUAACUACAGUACAACCACCAACCAACCAAGUACAAUUUUCCAUGGUCUGCACUCUUAUAGACCAUAGAAUGUUCAAAACUUUGCAGUGAAACCACUCGCCUGCGGCUGGUGGUUCCACUUGAGUUUUGAACAUGUUAUCACGUCAUCUAUAUGGUCUAUAAGAGUGUAGACCAUAGGAAAUUGUGGUCAAUUGUUAAAGAGAACUUUCUUAUAUUAUUCACGCCUUGUGGUAAAUAAAAAAGCUCCGAACUUCUAGUGCCAUAAGAAUGCACCUGGCGUGUCACUACAUGUUAUCUUUUUCAAUUCUAAAUUUACAAUUUCCAUAAGAUAGGAAGCAUCAGUAUGCGAAAAGAAGACAUUAGUGUCAUCAGGAAAUAAUAUCAGCUGUAAAGACCUUUAAUACAUGUACAUUACACAUCAUUAAUAUAUACUAAGAAUAACAGGGGACAUAAGAUAGAGCCCUGAGGGACUCCGCAAGUAAUAUCCAAUGAUGAAGAAGUGUAACCAUUUAUAUUGCACAAUUUGUUUUCGACAAGAAAGAUAACUUUUAAACCAUUGUAAAUCAAUACCAAGUACUGCAUAAUGUUCUAAAAUUGCAAAAUUUCAUGAUUUACUGUAUCAAAGGUCUUAGAUAGGUCAAAGAAUAGGCCUAAAUAUCAAGUGCAUUUGAGAUUUUGUCAUACAAUUGGAUUAAAGCAUGUGCAGUAGACUAAUGUUUUCUGAAUCCAUACUGAUUCCCGGAAAGAAUGUCAUAAGUAUAUCAGGUGCAUGAUGGCCGCUUAAGAGAGGUAACAACAAUACUAGCUAGAACUCUAGUCGAGUGUCUUUUGAAAAGUUUAAUUUAGAUUACAGCAGAACUCAGCAUACUUUAAAGCAGAGUUUUAAGAUUGUAUUUAUUUUUCAAUUAGACUUUAGGUAUAUGGGAAUUUGUUUUUGUUGUAAUUUUGGAUAGAGGGCCAAAAGUUUACUUGCUCGUUGUUUUUACUUUGUUAUUCAGUGCUACCACCUUUAAAUCAAAGUUAUUUUAAUAAAUUUGUUAAAUGUGAAAUAAUCUUGAACUAUUUGAUUUCAGGCCUCAAAACCGCCUCACCUUUCCCUGAUUGAAAGCUGUAUUAUUUAACCACAAUGACCGUAAGUGUUUACCUUUCUUUAUGUUAUAAGUAUAAUAUAACCUUUUCUUACAAAUACCCCCGACAUAAUACAGUACCUUAAAUUGUUAUUCUGAAGCCUCGUUCGUGCAGACGGACGUAACAAUUUUUGUUGGCCAAGAACUCCCAACAUUGUUGGAUGUUACAUGUUGCGUCCGUUUGGACAACCUGUUGCAUGUUGUUGCGCAAAGUUUGAAACCGGUCAAUCUUGUGCAAACGGACGCAAUAACUCCCAAGAAAUGGUGCGUCCGUUUGCACGAGGCUUGAAGUUAAACCCUUGAAUCCAUUGUACAGGCACGGUAGAGUAUCAAUUAUAACAUAUAUAGCGCGCGUGUUCCCUAUAUAAGUCCUAUAUUGAGCGGCUAUGAACAAAAUCUUUAUUUACGUACGACGGUGCGUAAAUAAAGAUUUUUUUCAAGAUGACGUGUUCAGCUGUGUUUUUCGUGUCUUUAUUCUAAGUACCAAGUAACCAGAAAUCGACGGCAGCUAUGAAAAACUUUCUAGAUUUUUUGGAACUGAGCUUCUGGCCACUCAAACCAACAGCAAAAGCGGUGAAGAUGUUUCGCAAAUAAUAGAGCCCGAAUCAUUGAAAAGUCUGCAGUAAAGAUUGACAUUCAGCUCGAAAAAGACCACAAAUUGGUCAGUGUUGGGAAAUGUCCAAUUUGUAUAAAAUGUCCUCCGUUUUUAACGUUUGUUUAUCCUUUACAAAACAAAUUAAUUAUAAAGUAAGCUCAAAAUAGCGAAAAGUUAUGCACUUUUGUUAUCACAGAACAAUCCGACUAAAUUAGGAAAAUUUCUCUUGCAAUAACAAGACAAAUUACAUAAGAAGAGAUAAACUUAUUACUCAAAAAUUGCUGCCAGGUCUUUUCAAGAAGCCGUAAUGACCAGUCAUUGUUCGUAAAUGAAUAUAAAGAAGGAUGACAGUCGUCUUCGCUAUAAACAAGUUUUCUGGAUUUCGCCGAGUAAAACAUAAACAUCUUUUUUUCGUCAGUAAAUCCAAACUAUUCCACGACUUCUUACGAACAUGUGAGUAUUUUAACUUGAGGUCGGGACUUUUAAGACUCUUUUACCUUUGCUUCUGCUUAGUUUCCAUUGAUCUUUAACGAAUAAAUUAGCAAAUUUUCUUUCUCAGUUUUACAGAAAGAAUUUUCUUUCAAAGUCGACGAUUGUGGCGUGUUUGUAACCAGCUAGAAGCUAGAGAAGCUAGAGUUGCUCUGGCUGUGCCUCGAGCAACUCUUACGCAUCUUUCGUGCUCUCCAAACUUCCGGCGUGCAUCCAUAACUCGAUAUACGCACGCUAAGCAUGAACAGAUUCUUAUAUAAUUUAUUUGAAUUAUGGAUCUCGAUUAUAUUUCACUGCAGGUGAUUUCUUUUGUCGGCGCUGUUCUUUUAGUGGCAUGCACAGUUUCUAUUUCUUCAUUUGGCUUGGUCAAGGUAUGUGUAUUUUAUGAACUAAAGUAAUCAUGUUUUGUCCAGCAAAGACGAAACACUCACAACCUUUCAAAAGCCACAUUGUCUAGAGGACUUAAGUGAUUAAUGCCUUCUUGUUUUAAUAUAAGAAUUCCUUGUGUUAGAGACUUUAUUACAAUUGCCUUAUUUCAAACCGAUGGGGGCUGGGUAAGUGUCCGUACAUUAGAGGACCAACAACAGGAGACCUCCAAAGUCAGAAAGAGGAAACGGAGAUUUACACAAUCUUGUGCCAUUUCAGUCUUUGUUUUUACCACAUUUUGACGUAGUCUGUGAUCUAGUAUGAAGCUUUAUCAACGGCAACGGUGGCACGGCAACGAGAACGUCAAAACAGCUAGCAGUGGGUUUAUUUUCGUAGAACAACAACUUUGUUUUUACCACAUUUUGACGUCAUCUGCGAUAUGAUCUUUCUUAUGCAUUUCUUUGUCGUCACUACACGACUGCGUAGCGAAAAUGCCCUAUUGCACGUUUUAAAGGACGUAAACAAGCGACGACGAAUUUUUCUAAGCUUGUAGUUCCCAUUAAAUCAACUCCUGGGAUAUUCGCCUUCAUUUGACAUUUUCAGCGAACUGGAAUAAGGCGGCCAAGGUGGAAAACACGCGAAUUCAUUUUAAAAGUGACGUUUUCGCUGCCACCAAGUCGUCAAUACUAACGCACCCUAUUUACUGAACAGACGCACGACAACACGGAAUCUAUUUGCUAAUAGACCUCCUGCUGAUGUGUUCGGCAAUUCAUACCUCUCCUAGGGCGUUUUUCCGUGGAGGGUCACAUUUGUCAGAACUGACCGGCCAGAUCAUUCCCGUCGCAAUGAUAAUUUACCUUUUAAUUAAAACUCUCCAGCCAGAUCAGCCUAUUCCAUUUUCAAACUGACUGGUCGGGCAAUGGUGCGGCCGGCCAGCCGAGUGUUGACAAAUGGACAGCGCCCUUGGUAAAUUUUCAAGUUUUUAAAUAGCUGUACCCUGUUCAAUAUUGGCUUGAUUAACACCAACCUGAGAAUUUUUUUUAACCUCAAAGUGCUAAAUAUGUGGGUCUCGUUGUUGUUUAACCCAUAAUAGAUGGCAUUGAAUGUCCUCUGGGUACAGAAACAAAUAUGCCUAGGGGAAUGUAUUUAAUAAUACGUUAUCCUUAUUAUUCAUCCAAAAUAUUUUUAAGCGUUGACAAAAUUUGGAAGAAAGACAUUUGUGAUAUUCGAUAAAAUGCCUCAGAAAAAAGUGCAGGCUAUCAUCAAAAAAGGCUCGAAAACCGAAAAGCCCUGGAGACGACGUUAUCAACCGACUGCCCAAAGAUAGCAAAAACCACAAAAUGUGACUCAACGGAUGAUCAGCAACUCUUACUUGCACAAUAUCUGCUUGAAUAAACAUCCCUUUAUAUCCUUAAUUUGUCGAAGAACAGGCAAAUGAAGAUUAAACUGUUCAUCGAUCGAGGUUAUUUUCAAGUAUCUAUUAUUUUAAAUGAAUAAACAAACAAUUAUUGAAUUGGGCUUUUGUACCGACGUAGACCCUCCUCGAUCUGCGUAAUAUUCAGAUCACAAUCAGCCUCGUUCAAUAAUUGCUAAUUGUCAAAAUUCCUUUUUAUGCCUUCUCGUCUAGAAUUUAUUUUUUCGUACUGGAAUAGUUAGUGUAUGCUAAUUUUAUAUUGUAUGAAUUGUGAAGUACGAUAGAACAAUAAAAUACACCAUGACUGAAGAACGACAAACAGUCGCAAAGGCAGAAGGCGAGUAACUUGUUCUUUUUUUUACAGAUGCAAAGGGUUUUAGAUGAUCACUCACUUAUCCCUAAAAGGGAAGGUAAAUGAGCGAAUGCUGCCUUUAUAUUUUUUGCUGCGUCAGUCUUGCUUUGAAUUUUCUCUUUUCUCCUUAGACCGUCACUAUCUUGGCAUUGUGAAUUUCACCAUCAUUAUUAUUAUCAAUAAUACCAUGUCAGCAUCAUCAUCACCCUUGUUCGUUGUUGUCCUAACUCAUACUCGGCCUAAGUGAAAACGUUAUCUACAUGGUUCAAUGUAACCGUUGUAAUUUACAAUAUAUAGGUGAAACUAAGCGACAUCUCGAGGACAGAUUUAACGAACACAGACGUGCAGUCGACAAAACUAUCAUUAAAUCUAAACCCACUACUGUUUCUGAACACUUUCUCUCUCACUCUAACCAUUCUUAUACUGACAUGCCGUUAAUCCCACUAGAGAAAAUUCAUUGUUCACGUGACUCAGUUCUUAAGGCCAGGGAGUCGCAUUUGAUAGAUAAGGCCAUGACUCUUGAACCUCAUGGCCUAAACCACCGUGACGAAUUAUUGUAAUCCACUUCCUUAGUAUUUUUCCUUUCCAGUUUUUGUGUUGUACGUUAUUUCCGCCUCUCCCUUUUAAACAAUUUUUAUUGCGACAUUCUCCGUCUGUAUAAUGUAAUUGCUACAUAAGUUCAGUAACAUCUGUAAACCUGAAGAAGGCUGGUAUGGUCAGCCGAGAUAUUGUUAUAAAAAACAAUACACGUUGUUAUGAAUCAGCUUUGCAGUAGUCUUUGGACUUAAUUCUCGUUUUUGAUAUUUUUUAUCCUACAUAAUCACCAUUAUUACGGUCGUCAUCAUCAUCAUCAUCAUCAUCACAUCGUUGUCGUCCUCCAGCAUAGCACAGUGCUGGAAACAAUGAAAAAGAAAUUAUAUCCUAAUUCAUGUCCGGUUAUUGUCCUCUUCUCAAUUUUGUUAUUUUUCCUCGCUGUUUCCUUCCCUGUUACGUUUCUAAUGCACUGUAUUUAUUCAUGAUAUUUCAGUGCCAGCGGAUUUCAAGGAAAUCGGCUGCUAUCGUUUAAAUACAAUAAAGAAUAGAGAAGGUUUGGGGACUUAUACAUCUAAAGAUAUAUCAAUAGUGAUGGAAAACUGCAAUAAAAAUUCUGAGCAGAAAGGACACCAUUUCUUUGGAAUAAAGCGAAAAAAAGGCAACAAUAAGUACAGGUGCGUAACAGGGGAGAUCAAGAACGCUAAAAGAGUGAAAAGCUGCAACAAAAAAAUUGGAGGAAGAUCUUCAGUCUUCAUGUAUUACAAUAAAAAACCAGGUUUGUAAAUAUUAAAUCCAAAUGCUUUGUUUAUGUUGCCCUAUGUAAGGCAACCCUAGACAGUCUUGGAUUCUGGAUUCAACGCCUUGGAUUCCGGAUUGUUUGUUUGUGAUUAUUGGAUUCCAGAUUCCAAUCAUUAGUGGGAUUCCGGAUUUCGUAGGCUGUGUUUCGGAUUCCAAUUCCCAAGAUUUCGGAUUCCUUAGAUAAGAUUCCAGGAUUUCGGAGGCAGAAGCAAAAAUUUCCGAAUUCCGAAUUUCGGAUUCUCUUAAAUUGGAAAAAUUUAUGCAUUCUAGUGCUAUGUGGCAGGGAAGGGUAAAUUUUUUCGUUUUUCAUCACACUAUAACGUUUCUUGCCGUCCGUUUAUGGAAUAAUAAAAGGAUAAAGAAAAUACUAUCCUAAAAUAAAGACACCAAUAUAACGCGAGAAACUUAUCGGUCAUCCCGAUUGAAUAAUAAAAAUGCUUUCAGGAAAUAAAAUUGAUCUUUUUUCCAGAUUUCAGCUGUACGCACGGGCGUUUUGUGGUUUUGUGCGUAUAUGGAUGCUACGUCCUGCCUUUAAGGUGCGGUGCAGACAACCAAAGGAAUUUCUGCUUUUUUAUUUAACAGAUAUCCCGUCUCAACCGUGCAGGUUUGGAAACAAAUCAUACUCAGAAGGAGAACAAAUAGAUCGGUACCAGCCCACUGACAACAUUGAGAACGCCUUUUGUGAAGCUUGCAAGUGUUCUCAAGGAAAGUUCGAUUGUAAAAAGAAAUGGUACUGUGACACUGAUCUUAAGGCCUGCGAUGAAUAUCACUUUCCGGAUGGAAGUUGCUGUCCGGAAUGCAAACUUCCCUGUAAGGUUCUUAACCUCUUAAUAAACUAAACAGUAUAAUGGAUCUCUUUUUUAAUUAAUAGACGAUAUAACGAACGGGUUUGCUCAUCUCUUAUAGGGAAACUGAAGGUAUGAAACAGGGCCCCAAUUGUUUAAAAGGUCCGAUUCCCUUCACUGGAUAGUAUAAUAUUCUGCCCUGGGUAUUAUAUUGUUAUUCAUGAAAUGUAAAUAAGGUUUGGAGAAUCGCUCUCCGAUCUGGCUGUUGGUACAAGCCCAAACCAAACGAAAAAGAUUGGUAUUUGCCCUCGGGGGCACCCAACGAGAAUAUAGUUGAAAACCACUUAAACAUAGCAUUGUUAAACGUAUUUUAGUAUUUAAACGGUAGAUAUGGCCAUAAUUUUUUCACCUAAAAAAUUUUCUUCUGUUCGAAUUUCCUAGCUGAAAGUCUAGUGAUCCGAAAAUUAUAGCGAUCAAAACUUACCUUUUCGAAAAUUUCAGCCAGAAAAAGUCCUUUGUGACCUUUUUGAGGUAAAAAUCCGUUAGAAAUGGGCAAAAAUCCUAGGAGAGGCAGGCAAGCAAGAAAUUUUACAACAAAUGUUCCGAAAAUUCUAGAUCUCAAAUCGUCUUUCGAACAGACAUUUUCCGAAAAUUGACGUUGGGUGUCCCUGUGCCCUCCAAAAGCCGACUUCCUCGACGGAGGGAAGGGUGGGUCGCUAGUCUUUACGACUGCAACGACGGCCUAGAGUAGAGUGCUAGGGGUGGACCCAAAGCAAUCCUUUUAUUGUCAUAAGUUACAUAUCCCCAGGGCAUUUUAUUCAUAUAUGCAAAUGACUUUGCAUAGCGCAACGUUAACUCUUUUUAAUACUUACCCACCGGAUAGUGACAUACAUAACGAAUAGGUUUAUCCACCAUGUAAAAAACUGGGCCAGAACUAAGACUGAGUUACAGCAGCCAACACUUUAUCCAAGUCUUUUGGGACGCUAUUUAGGGUCUGUACCGUAGCAUCGAAUAUUAAUACUUUGCAGUACUUAUCUGUAGCUAUUCUAUCUGUAAAGAGAAAGAAAGCUAUCCGCUUUUUAGCCAGCCGUCAUUUUAUAAGUUUCCAUCUUCAUUGACUCUCUUCAGUAACUGUUUUAUCUUCGGAAACUAUAGCUGUUAGGGUUAACAGUAUUAUGAAAAUCAUGAUAGGUGGGAGCUAUAGGCCGCCUGAGUGGAAAUGCAGCCAACCAACGCAGACACCAUAUGUAUCCUUUUAAUAGAUUUAUUUGCCCAUUUUGUAGCAUACCAGAAUUGAAGAGCAUAAUGUCCAUGAUGAAUAUACAAUUUUUGACACAUGUCAAAGGAAAUUCAAGGCAGUCUCGGAUUCUGGAUUCCAAGCAGUGGAUUCCGGAUUCCAGAUUCCAGGUAGCGGAUUUCUUGUCAGUGGAACUUGGAUUCCGGAUUUCGAAGCUUUGGAUUCCAGAUUCCAAAAGCAAAAUUUCACGGAUUCUGCCCGGGUUAACCUUGAAAAUUAUAUCAACAUCUAAAAAGGGGAUAAGAAUUAUUACCCUUAUCAGUGGUAUUGGUCUUCUUUGCGGUUUAUAACUAGCCGAGAUAUUAACCGGUCUUUCCUAUUUCUUCUGCCUCUAAUAAUGCAGGGUUAAAAAAUAAGCAACUGAAAAACAAAGAUUGAGACAUGAAAAUGCUUGUUCUUUUGGGUUGUAAUUUACAACCUGGAAAGCCAUUGUGAUGUGAUUUUGUGUUGUUCCAGUGAAAAGUAUCACUGACUCCCAGGCCGUUAAUUUGCAGCAUGUGGAGAGAAAAAACCUGGUGAAAGUUGGUACAGACCAGGCGAAACAUGGCCGACAAACCCCGAGGACUGCGAGUAUUGCCAGUGUCAACCUGGAGACGUAAGACUCUGCCAGGAGAUAUCGUGUUUGGAAACAAAGUGCAAGAAUCCUGUUAUCCCAGAAGGAAAAUGUUGCCCAGCGUGUCAGGGUAGGUGUUAGAUAUUUCAGGGAGCAAGAAUCGAUUGGAGACGGCCCCGUUCAAACCAGUAUUAGAUGCAGAGGUUUCUAAAGCUAUGGGGAAACGGGCAACAAAUAUGUGCCAAUUGCUGCAGAACGUGUUGAGAAGCGAUGUUACUCGUUUUACCACCCAAUUUCUUACCUGUCUUGCAACAAACAAAGCUUGCUGCAAUUUGCGUGAAUACUGACUUCUGAUUGGAUAAAAUUACGCGGGAGUCACGCCAUAUACAGGAGUUACGUCACUUGCUGCAAAAUAAGUUUGCCUUGGGCAGUUAAAACGCGCAACAUGCUCAGAUUUUGUUGCAAAAUGUAGAACUAUUCUCUACUUUCUGCAACAAAUUUUUGCAACCUGAAACAACCUGAUUUGUUGCAAGACAGGUUUGAACGUGGCUAAAACGCGCAACAUUACUUUUCACCUCGUUUUGCCGCAACGUUUGCAAAAUAAGUUGGUAACAGAGAGAAUGACUCCCGUUAUUAUACAUUUAUGUUUUCAGCAAAGUAAGACUGUAUAAAGCUUGAUCUCUCCGGGAUUUACUGUCAGUCUGUAUUAAAUUAUUAAGGAGUAUUUAUAUUACAGAGGUGUGUAUAGAUGUGAGGAUCGACUGAGUUACUAACUUACCUGGAUUUAUGAAAACCGGGUUUUCUUUUCUUGUUUUCAAAAGUUGGUCGCUAACCUUUGGGGUUUGUUUUCAUGGUUUCUUCCAACUAGUGUUGGAUCUGAAUUACUAUUUUAACAGUGAGUAAGAGGUUCCCUUGUGUGGCUUUGACAUGCUCGAUCUAGUCUUAGCUUUACACCGUUGCUUGCAGGAUAUUGAAGCUCCCUGACUAAAGGUAACCUACUCCUGUGGUUAACUUUGUUUUGUUUUUUUGUGGCGAGAAAAGUACAGCCGUUCUGACUGGCUCAAUGUUGACCUUACGCAAUUAUUAGGCCGUAUCAAGGAACGGAAGUUCUAGAUUUCCAAUUGGCUGCUUUACAGCCGAUCACAAGGGACGGAUCACGGAUCCUCUUGUGCUUGAAAGACAUGAAGGUACACAUUGUUCCUUUUUUGUGUAGCCCUUUGUCUUGGAGUAUAAUUUAAAAUGUAUACUGUUUUCUGUGGCCAAGAAGCAAAAAAAACAUUUGGCCGUAUUAACGGGUGACCGUAUUAAUGAGGUAUUUUUAGAAGAAAAGUUUAGCCGUUUUGCCAGGCGGCCAAUAGAAAGUGGCUGUGAGGUGACCGUAUUUAUAAUGAGGUGACCAUAAGGCGGGGCUUCACCGGUACAACAGUCUUUUUAAAAAAAAGAAAUCACUUUAAUUUGAAGUUUAAAAGUUUGAAAAAAAACCCGUGUUUUUCAAAACGCUCGAAUGGAUCGAAACGCAGUAUCGGACGCCCUAGUCCCCCCCCCCCCCCCCCGCUUUGAGAGUUAAGCCUCCGGCUUGGCUUGGUCCGUCUCCUCGUUGGAUCGCAUCCCCCCUAAAAUAUCCCGGCUACGGGCCUGAAAUGUUCUAAAAUUUUCGUCAUUUUUCAAAAUUUGACUCGGUGAAAUGCUUCUAGAGAUGACUAACUCACUACCCGGCGUCAGAUAAAGGCUUUUAAUUAGCCUUUGAAUGAUCUUUCAUUGUUUUAAAUUGCCAAGUAGUGGAAUGAGUUGAUUUUUUUGCUAACCCGGUUUUCAAAAAUCCAGGUAUAAUUAUUGCGCAUAAAUCACAAAGGAACAAGUCUAAAUUCGUUAAAGAUCUUUGAAAUGUCUCUCAUAAUUAAGAAUAAUAAUAAUAAUAAUAAUAAUAAUUAAUGGUUUAUUUAACAGUUCCACGGGGUGGCUCUUGCCUGUUAAAUUACAUUAAAAAUAAAUUAAAUUACCUUAUUUACAAUUAAAAAAAGAGUGAUGGCGUAGAAAAGUGCGUAGAAGUAGGACCAACAGAUUUGAAGCUAGUGACAGUAAAAUUAACUAAUCAUUCUGCACAUAAAAACUUUCUUGAAAGUUACCUUAAAAGGGUUCUGUAAUCUUCACAGUUUCUAAUAAAUUCUGGUACUUUUUGUUAAAAAGCUUCGACACAUUAUAAUCUUGGAAGGCGAGUGCCGUUUUCGGUCGGGAAUGCUAAUCUAAGUCAUCUAAUGGAAUUGCUUGAGCUCAGCUCCCUGCGACAUUCCUGGCCUGUUUUAUUAUUUUUAGAUAAUCUGGCCAAGUCUCAGUGUUAUUCAAAGCUUUAAAGCAUGAUUUCAGAAGGUUGAAAUCCUUUCUCUCAUUAAUUGGAAGCCAUCCGAAUUUAAGUACAUUCCGACAGUUCUUAACAUACAGUAGUGAAACAAACUUGCGUACGUAUUCAGAAUUUUGGAGGAGGAUAACAAACCAGAUCAACAUAAUCUAGUUUUGACAAAAUCAAUGUUUCUGCUAGUUGUGGUCUACGCUCAAAUUUGGCAAGAUAUUUCAGCUUUCGUAGUACUGAUAGAGUGGCCUAUAUGUAGCAUCCGGAUACCGUGUGCUUGAUGCGAUCGUCCCACUUAAGAUGUUAAUUGAUGUGAACUCCAAGCAGUUUGCAAGAUUUAAAAAGUUUCGAGUUUAUAACCACUGACUGAGAUGCUAGGACCAUACUCGACAAGGUGAUGUUCUCUGGACAUUUGCGGAGUGGAUAGGAUCAGGAUCAAAACUUUGGAUUCGUCGUAAAUGUCAGAUCGGAGCAGAUUUGUCGCGGUACUCUCCUUAGACCUGACACUUAGGUUAUUAACUGAUUUGGUGAUAGUGUUUCUGCAGUUAUUCAGGUCAGAUACUUUAGCACAGUCGUAGAUUGUUGUGUUGACUACAAGAAGAAUUUGACAUCUAAGUUAUCCCGAAGGCAAAGAUCAGUAACAUAAAUAUUGAAUAACACUGGACCCAGAAUGGAGCCUUGCAGAACCCCAAAAUGCACGUUUUUAUCGUCUGAACACUUGGCAUCAAUCUUCUUUAUGAUGCGUGACAUAAUUGAGUUUCUCUCAUGAUUGCAUGUUCUUUGUCGGCAAGCUAUUUUGGAAAAAAAGAAGCACUUUUCUAGGUAUAACCAUGCUCAUUUUCUUUGCAUGGGCUCGAAGUCAUUAUAUAUAUAGCCAGAAGACAGCUCUCCUAACAGAAAGAUGUGUAUACUGUCUUAUACAUAGGUGUCCUUAACGCUUACUUGGUAAAUUGAUAUUAACCGUCCCGAGCCGCCCUAGUGUACCCGGAAUGUUUGUAUUAUUUUUUCUGAUCGAAUUUCCUCUUAUUUUUUUUUUCAAAUUUAGCAGAGGAAACUACAACUCCGACUGCUAUUAUUAUAGGAUCUGAUUUUCCAACUACAAGUUUUAAAUAUCCUUGGGAACACUAACAAGAUUUGAAGAGGUAAAGAUUAGGAAACUGCUAUCCACAGGAAUAAUAAAUAAGGGGCUCCGUUUUUUAAACAAAAGUCAAAGUAACGUAGAAAAUGCCUUCCAUACCCAUAGGUCACCUCCGCUAAUCCGACGAAUUGACCUUAAAAGUAACCUGCAAAAACAUCUGCUUCUCCUCGCUCUUCGCCCCUUGGGACGUUUCGCGCGUAUACUGUGUUGUGGCACGAUAACAUUGUGUUGUGUUUCGAUAAACCUUUGUUGUGUUUAGAUAAUAGCGUAUUGUGUUUGGAAGAGUGUUUGUUGUGUUCCAGGAAUAUUUUGUUGUGUUUGCAGAUAUGGGCCACCGUAUUAACGCGAUACGUUUUAUUAUUUAUUUGUAG